CAACACUCUUUCUUCUGUCUGGCUCAGCCUGCAUGUCUCUUUGGCUGCUCAGGUGCGUGUUCCGUCCCCCCAGAGCCCCGCAUAUCAGCGGCUGCUCCGCCAAGGCCAUCCUCUCGACACCAUGAUGCGGCUGGCAAGGUCAAUCCAUGCACGCAUCAUGCACCAGCUACAGUCCCCCUCUCGCCCUCACACCACACGCCAUGCCAGCCACCAUGGACUCACAGGCCAAUUGUGGCACUAUAUGUGUGUAUGCCCAGACUCCCCUCACGCGCCGUAUCGUUCAUAUAUCCAUUCCCAUCCAGCAGUCCCUUCCCACCAGGCGUCACGUCACCUCGCCUCGCCCACCUACACAGAGCGCAGCACCCACAGCACACAUGCACACCCAACACAGAGAGAUGGAUGGAGCACUCAUUUCACCCCGACACUCACCCACCUUUAUAUAAUAAGGUCUUGCGCAGUCUCUUUCUGGUUGACCACCAUAUUUGCUAUGGCGUCCCUCAGCAGGCCGCCCACCAGGGGGGCGGUGGCGGGCCGGCGGUCCGUGAAGGCAGCCGAUGCAUCACCCACUGGCGGCUCGGUGGUGAAAGCAGACACACACACUGCAUUCAGCAGAACAGCACACGUCAAAGGAUGGCUCAAUCAGCAAAGGAUCUCUUAUCCGCCCCCUACCUAUAUGGGUCAUGUUGGUAUGAGUGAUGAGAGUGAUCGAUGCGACGAAUGGGCUGUCUAACGGCGUCAGCAGCAGCCGCCGAAACUCCACCCUAUCGGCCCACCUGCAAGCCAUGACGGCGGUGCAUCGGUUGGGGGGCUGGUGGGGCGACUGGUUGAGGAGGCCGUCCAGCACACCGCCGUAAGCAUGGCUGAGGAGACCAACACAUAACAGAGGGAAGAGGCCGUGAUGGAUGGAUGGAUGUCUGUCUGAGUGUGGUGUGUCCUGUGUACCGGUACGCCCGAACCCACGGAGUUCUGCCCGGAUUGGCCAUUCGGGGGGCCAAGAUGGUCUUCAUGAUGAACGCCGACACCGAGGCAUCAGUGGUCUCCUCACCACCGGCCACCCAGCUGCCCCCCCGCGGCGUGAUUCGGCUUCUGACGGGCGGGUUGUCGUUGAUGGCGUG